AUGCGGACUCACACAGGUGAGAAACCUUACAAAUGUGAGGAGUGCAGCAGGCAGUUCAGUCAACUGGGCAGUUUGAUAAAACACAUGCGAACUCACACAGGUGAGAAACCCUACAAAUGUGAGGAAUGCAGCAGGCAAUUCAAUCAGCUGGGUCAUCUGAAGAGACACAUGCGGACUCACACAGGGGAGAAGCCUUACAAGUGUGAGGAGUGCAGCAAGCAGUUCAGUGUGCUGGGUGUUCUAAAAUCUCACAUGCGGAUUCACACAGGGGAGAAACCCUACAGGUGUGAGGAGUGCAGCAGACAGUUCAGUUUAUUUCAUAAGCUCAAACGUCACAUGCGGACUCACACGGGAGAGAAACCCUACAUGUGUGAGAAGUGUAGCAGACAGUUCAGUCAUGUGUGUGCUAUGAACAAACACAUGCGGACUCACACAGGUGAAAAACCCUACAUGUGUGAGAAAUGCAGUAGGCAGUUCAGUCAGCUGGGUGCUCUGAAAAGUCACAUGCUGACUCACACAGGGGAGAAACCCUAUCAGUGUGGUGAGUGCAGCAGGCAGUUCAGUGAGCUGAGUAAUCUGGAGAGACACAUGCGGACUCACACAGGAGAAAAACCCUACAGGUGUGAGCAAUGCAGUAGGCAGUUCAGUCACAUGGAAAAUUUGAAGACUCACAUGAGGACUCACACAGGUGAGAAACCCUACGAAUGUGAGGAGUGCAGCAGGCAGUUCAGUGACCUGGGUAAUCUGAAGACUCACAUGCGGAGUCACACAGGGGAGAAGCCUUACAGAUGUGAGGAGUGCAGCAGGCAGUUCAAUGAGCUGGGCAGUCUCAAGAAACAUAUACGAACUCACACAGGCGAGAAACCCUACAGGUGUGAAGAGUGCAGCAGGCAGUUCAGUGAGCUGGGUAAUUUGAAGAAACACAUGCGGACUCACACUGGGGAGAAACCCUACAGAUGUGAGGAGUGCAGCAGGCAG